UAUGAUUGAAAUGAUAGCCUUGCAUCAUCUGGAAAGACCUCAUGUAGGGUAGACCUACAUAUCUGUAAACAGCUGAGUCGGUCAUAACGGGAUCGAUGUGACAGCGUGGCAGGUCAUAGACUGCUGUAAGUCAAACUAACUGAGGCAUAACAAGUAAAACUACAGCGGAAGGAGGGAAGUUCAAGUUGACUCUAGUAUACAUCUAAUCGGCGGCGACGUUGGAGUGAACUUUAAAGAUGAGUCUGACUCCCAGGCUACGAUUGGUCUGUUCUGGGACAACUCAUCCAGUCACAAGCCUUGGCUGCACCAGAAGAACAAAAUCAACAUCAAAUUAUGGUCCACACAGACCAACAGUGAGCACAGAUCAUGUCAGACAUGUGCACAUGUCACCUACACUGGGCCACUAUCAACCUGACAGGCAGUUCUUUACCUCAUCAACCAAAAAGGGUCCAUUCACGUCCAGGAGUGAUUUGUCCAAAGCAAAGAGGAUUGUCGUCAAACUGGGAAGUGCUGUGAUCACUAGGGAAGAUGAAUGUGGCUUAGCUUUGGGCAGACUGGCUUCCAUAGUGGAGCAGGUGUCUGAGCUGCAGAACCAGGGGAAAGACACACUGAUGGUGACCAGUGGGGCUGUGGCGUUUGGCAAACAGAAACUUCAACAUGAGAUCAUGAUGUCCAUGAGUAUGAGACAGACCCUGUCCCCCCGGGAAAGCAGCCUCCGGGGACCCCCGGCGAUAGAGCCUCGGGCCUGUGCAGCAGCAGGGCAGAGCGGAUUGAUGUCCCUUUAUGAUGCUAUGUUUACACAGUAUGGAGUCCGGACAGCUCAGGUCCUAGUCACCAAGCCUGAUUUUUACAACGACAUGUGCAGAGAAAACCUGCGAGGUACAUUGUCAGAGCUGCUGAAACUUAAAAUUGUACCCAUCGUUAACGCUAACGAUGUUGUUGCCCCUCCACCAGAGGUUGAUAAAGAUUUACAAGGGGUAAUCAGUCUGAAGGACAAUGACAGUUUGGCUGCUCGCAUUGCCGUGGAAAUGGAGGCUGAUCUUCUGAUCAUCAUGUCUGACGUGAAUGGCCUAUACACCAAGCCACCCGGAAUGGAUGGCUCACGCCUCAUGCACACCUACUCUCCAGUCACUAACGGGGUAGUGUUUGGUGACAAGUCGCGGGUAGGCACCGGAGGCAUGGAGUCAAAGGUACGAGCUGCUGAGUGGGCCAUGAAGCACGGGACGUCUGUGGUGAUCUGUAACGGGAUGGAGGACAACGCUAUCCUUAACAUCCAUCAUGGUCGCAAAGUGGGCACAUUCUUCACCGAUGUCAAAACAACUACAGCAUCAGUUGAGGAUCAAGCCAUGCUGGCCCGUGAUGGUGGUCGUGACUUGCAGGCCCUAGACCCUGCCCAAAGAGCAGAGAUUAUUGACAGACUGGCUAACAGCCUGCUACAGAGAAAAGAUGAGAUCCUAGCAGCCAAUACCAAGGAUUUGGAGAAUGCCUAUGUACAAGGUUUGGAUAUGAACUUGCUAUCACGCCUGAAGCUGACGGAGGCCAAACUGGAGACGCUGGCCGAGGGUUUGAAGCAGAUAGCUGUCAGUUCUCACCAGAACGUAGGCCGUGUUUUGCAGCGCACUAAGCUGGCCUCGGGUAUGGAACUCUGUCAGGUGACUGUUCCAAUUGGCAUGCUGUUGGUCAUCUUUGAAUCCAGGCCGGAUUGUCUACCACAGGUGGCAGCCCUGGCAAUUGCCACGGGUAAUGGUCUCCUCCUGAAGGGUGGGAAAGAGGCGUCACAUAGCAACAAGAUGCUGGCCACCCUGGUGCAGGAUGCGCUGGAAAUCUACGUUCCCAGAACUACUAUUGGACUGAUAAAUAAGAGAGAAGACAUUGAAGACUUGUUACAGCUAGAGGGUUACAUAGAUCUGGUCAUCCCUCGUGGCUCCAGCCAGCUGGUGAAGAAGAUUCAGCAGGAGAGUAAGGGUAUCCCCGUGCUGGGUCACAGUGAGGGGAUUUGUCACGUAUACGUGGACGAGGAUGCUGACCCAGACAUGGCUGUCAGAAUAGUGCGUGACUCCAAGUGCGAUUAUCCAGCUGCUUGUAAUGCGAUGGAAACCCUCCUGAUUCAUAAAUCUCUGCUGGGGACAGCAGCAUUUGAUGACAUAUGUGAUACGCUGAGAGAUCAAAAUGUUCAGAUCCACGCUGGCCCUCGCCUUACCCAGCACCUUAAGUUUGGGCCACCCCCGGCCACUAGCAUGAGGCGUGAGUACGGGGGUCUGGAGUGUACCAUGGAGGUGGUGGAGAGUGUGGAGGAGGCCAUUGACCACAUCAACUUCCACGGAAGUUCCCACACAGACGCCAUCGUCACAGACAACGUUGUCACAGCGCAAACCUUCAUGAGGAUUGUGGACAGCGCAUGUGUGUUUCAUAACGCAAGCACCAGGUUUUCAGAUGGCUACAGGUUUGGUCUUGGAGCUGAGGUAGGCAUCAGCACAUCCCGCAUCCAUGCCCGAGGCCCAGUGGGUGUGGAGGGACUGUUAACCACCAAGUGGAUUCUUCAGGGGUCAGGCCAAACCGUGGCUGACUUCUCUGAAGGGAGACUCCAGUAUGCACACCAGACUCUGCCAGUAGACAAAUCCUGA